UUGUAUUCAUCAACCAUGUCCAAGGUAACUAACGCCACACAAAACCCCUUCUACUUCAUCCUCACGGGCAUCCCUGGAUUUGAGGCAUCCCACAUCUGGAUCUCCAUCCCCUUCUGCUGUCUCUACACCAUCUCCAUCCUGGGCAACAUCACCAUUCUCACUGUCAUCCACAUAGAGCCAUCCCUCCACCAGCCUAUGUACCUAUUUCUCUCCAUGCUGGCCCUGACUGACCUGGGUCUCACCCUCACCACCCUGCCCACAGUUAUGCAGAUACUAUGGUAUGACAUUCGUAAGAUCAGCUUUGAGGGCUGUUUCGCCCAAUUUUUCUUCCUCCAUGGAUUCUCCUUUAUGGAAUCUUCUGUGUUGUUGGCCAUGUCCUUUGACCGCUAUGUGGCCAUCUGCCGCCCUCUCCAUUAUGCCACCAUCCUCACCAGUCAGGUCAUCUACAGGAUUGGGAUAGCCAUCAUUUGUCGCUGUGUUCUGGCUGUUCUUCCCUCCUUAUUCCUUCUCAAGCGCCUGCCCUUCUGCCACUCCCACCUUCUCUCUCACUCCUACUGCCUCCACCAGGAUAUGAUUCACCUGGUCUGUGGUGACAUCCGUUUCAACAGCUGGUAUGGAUUUGCUCUGGUUUUGCUCAUCAUUGUCAUGGACCCGCUGCUCAUUGUGCUGUCUUACACACUCAUCUUAAAAAGUAUCUUGGGCACAGCCACCUGGACUGAGCGGCUCCGGGCCCUCAAUAACUGUCUGUCUCACAUUCUGGCUGUUCUGGUUCUCUAUGUUCCCAUGGUUGGGCUUUCUAUGACCCACCGCUUUGCCAAGCAUGCCUCUCCACUGGUCCAUGUUAUCAUAGCCAAUAUCUACCUAUUGGCACCUCCUGUAAUGAACCCCAUCAUUUACAGUAUAAAGACUAAGCAGAUCCGCCAGGGAAUUUUCCGCUUACUCUUCCAGAGAACAGUGCACUAA